UAAAAGUGACAAAUAAAUAUGUUCAGUUUGCAUUUUACAGUGGUAAACUGUAUGAUUCUUUUCUCUUUAUUCAUUUGGAAAGCGGCAUGAGAACCUAUGUAGUUUAUUCAUGUUCAGAAAAUAUCUAUAUAGAUCGCAUAUAAGUCCUCACAGUGGCAAUUAUGAACAGUUCUGCCCCAUGUAGGUAGUGGUAAAGCUUGUGCUGAUUAAGGUGUAUGUACCGACCGCAAGGACAUCGUGAAUCAUUAUAUUUUUUUGACUGUUAGCUCUAGACUUGCAUACGAUUUAUACGAUUUGAAUGGUGUUAUGCCUUAUCACAAUAAACAUCAUUACUUGACAAGGUUGCCCAUAAUUGAAUCAAGUUUAUUUGACAUAACCUUCAAGAAGGGUCUGUGUUAAUCUUCUACCACUAAUAUCGCAUGGAAAACAGAAUGGAGUGUAUUUUAGAAAAGUACAAACCCCCUAUUAUAGCUGCCUUUGGUAAUCCCUUGCUAGACAUGUGUACUACAAUCUCGGACUCUAAUAUUCUAGACAAAUAUGGUCUAGUCCCAAACGGCCAGAAGGAAGUUUCAGAUGGAGAUCUGAAGAUCUUCAGAGAUAUACGUAACAGUUUCACUGUUGAAUACCACCCUGGAGGCGCAGCACAGAAUACACUUAGAAUAUUUCAAUGGUUAAUCAGUUACCCGUUUUAUUCAGUGUUUUUUGGCGCAGUUGGAAAUGAUGACGAGGGAAAACUAAUUGAGAAAUUGGUGAAGAACUCAGGCGUUGAAACAAGAUAUAAAUAUCAUGAUGACUAUCCAACUGGAAGUUGUCUGGCCCUCAUCAAUGGUGAAAACAGGUCUUUAAUUGGCCACCUGGGAGCUGCCAAUAUGUAUGAACCUUCAGAUUUGUUGCAGCACAUGCAAAUACUGGAUCAACAUUCUGUCAUUUGUUUGGAGCAGCAAAAUCCUAUCUGCCUCACAGGCGUAUCACCUCAGAAAUGGACUCCUUCAUUUUACCAGAUGGGCAAAGGCCAGGAAGACUGCAUUUCUGAUAACAUGCUGACAUACAGAAUACAUAAAGGAACUGGAACAAUUAGUAUUUGUUACUAUAACUUUUGCUACUCAUACAGUUAAUAAGUACUGGAAUGUAACAAUAACAGUAACAGUGGUGAAGAUAAAAUAUGCAGGGUGAUACCUGAGCACCUGCCACAAAUUAUUUAGCUGGCAUGGUUAGAGGGACACAUGCUAUCUGUGUGAACUCAUACCAUGAGCGUUCAGAUUGUGGCAUGGUUACAGGCCAAUAAUCUAUUUUUUCCAAUAUAACCUCAAUAAAUCUGCUGUAUUAAAUAUUCAAUCAGUUUUCACGUACGAUACCCACGUGGAAGUGUGGAAAAGAUUCCAGCAUAAACUUUGACAUGUUAUAGUUCCAAACAGAAAAAUAAAACUACCCAUACAUUCAAAUAAAUUUAGACAGCCAGGAUCAUCAUUAUUGGACAUAAGAGAACCAAGUAAAAACACUGUUUAUUGAAGAGAAAGUAGAUGUCAGUGCUAGGCCUGAACAUUCCGCUCAAGAAUUAGUACAGACCUGGGUUUGAAGUUCCAGGUUUCCAAAAAGGGUGUUCACCACCUGAAUGUGAGCAUUUUAUGGAGAUGGAGGAAUGUGUGCAUAACAGUAGGGAUCAUUCUGGCAUGUGCUGUGAUCUGGUAGGUGUUGUUUUUGAUUUGCUGGCCAAUGGAUUUGUUGACUUCACUGUGGAUCUAACAUAUAGGGGAAGAGUUGGUGAAAGGAACUUGGGUCCCUUCACUGGAUCAGCCAGACAAUUUGUAGUAGGCUUUCAAGAGAUACGGAAGGAAUGUGGAAUACUAGCUAUAUCAUUAAAUUAUACCCAAGGGGAUAAUAGUGAAACCUACAGCAAAACAAUCAAAAGGCUACAAAUGCAUGCUUGUUUAAAACAUAAAUCUUGACAUCUGAUAUAGUAUCUAAGUAUGUCUGGAUUAUUCAACGCUGUAAUGCAAAUUCAAAUUUCUGCCUUUUGAGUGAUUUGCUCCAAAAUCAGAAAAACACAAUCAGUGUCAAAUGUGAAGAAUGGAAGAUAAUUUUGAUCACAGCAAUAAUAUUAAAACACCUGCAUGACUGACAGUACCAGCUGUCACAUAAACUGGGCACAGAAAAGUCUGUAGUGAGUGGUUGAAAACUAUGGACUUUUGCAGAGACAGAAACAUCACUGCCGAUUAUCUAAUACAUUCAAAUCCAUCUGAAUAUUCAUUUGACUACACAUGCAGUCCAGCCAUUUUACCAGUGGUUUCUGAAGUAAUAUUUUUGGAACAUACUUUAAAAUAUCAAUGUCUCAAUUAGUUACUGUUCUAAUAUAUUGUUUAAACUGUCCCUUAUCAAGUGUGAGCCAUCUACCAACUAUGACACACUGCAAGAAAUGCUGAACCAUCAUGUGUGAAUAUUUAACAGAGGAAAUAUUAUAUCAAAGGAAUGUUAUAGUCUUCUGGGAUCCUAUCCCCUCUUCUGCCAUUGAGUUGGUGGAAGCAGGUUCCUCUGAAAUGUUGGUUAAGAAACUACGUGUCAUCACAUCCCAGAAGACCACAAUAUUCAUAUUCACUGCUCUCAGAACUUCAAAUCUCACAUAUAUCAGAAGAUUAUGAAUGUUAUGGUCACUGUCUAAGUACACAUUACUUAAAAUAAACAAUAAAUGUAUAAUAUGCAGUGACAAGCUGGAAACUAUACACCAAGUCAAAAGAGCGGUAUAUGUCUGACAUCAGCAUUACAUAUGGACAAUCAUAACAACGUUGCUAAGUUGGUUAGCCAAGUUUUAUCAAAGGAAUAUAAACCACACUUUUAUGUACAAAUCAGAGCCUGUAUUAGGGAAUAUAUACAUUAACCAUAAUCGAACUAACACACAGAAAAAAGAUAAAUAUCUGACAAUCAAUAAAACAUCACCCUUCAUCAUAAGAUAACACACUGCUCACUGCUACUGAAAUGCCUCCCAGAAAUAAUUAAAAAAAAACAAGCUUCAGAAAACAUAUUUAUCGAUACUGGUAGAAGGUUAACAAGAUGCAGCAUAAAUAUCAUCUAAUGACUGUACCAUUCCAUCCACCAUGCAGAUAGUACAAGUAUGCAAGUUUUCAGGUUAUCACAGCAGUAAUUCUUCAGCCUGUAGUCUUCUAUGUUUAACCUAAAAGACUGCACAGUAUCACAACCAAGCAAACACAAUUUGAGCAUUGAAGAAGCUUUGUAACAUCAUGAAAGUCUAUAUUAAUUCAUGUACAUUCAUAGUAAUGAAGAAAAUAAUGUGUUACUUACUUCAGUACUGGUACUGGUACAUACAGUUUGGUAUAGUUCACUAUAGACAAGUACCACAUAUUGUAUGCUGAAUUGAAAUAAAUGAUGAUAAAACAUAGUAAUAAUAUUAACUGAAGUAACUACCAAGAGCAAUUUUCUAAUCAUAAGUAUCAAUAAAUUAUGUGACUACAUUUCCUCUAAUGUUCUACAUUUACACGUCAGUUUAAUAAGUAAGUGGUGUUCACUAUAGUAGUGGCCAUAACAGUUUUUAAAUAACUGAAGAAAGGAAGAGCUUAUGUAUUCAGAUCACAAUUUGAACGUUACUGUCAAAAGUAUGCAUUCUAAAAGUUCAAAAUUCAUACUCUAUACUUUUGUAUUUUUACGAGUACUUUGUGGUUCAGAAUAUCUCUAAAAUGUGAGCUUUAUAUCUCAGAAGACCAUAUUAUUUAAAACACAUUUAAUUUAUUACACUGCAAUGGAGAAAACUUUGAUAUGAUAAAGUAGGCAUAUGCUGUACAGUUAAAAUGGAGACAAGAGGCUACAAAUAAAAAACAGCACUUCAUAUAGACCACAGUGUUGUAUUAGUAACUCAUCACAGACAGAAAUGUUUACAACUAGAUUAUAUACCUUUUGUGGACACAGAUACAACAUGACAGCUCAUGAGAUGGUAGAAAAGGACAGGGGGCUAAAACACCUCACCCAGGUGGAUGGAUAAGGAUGAUGAUGAUGAUGAUGUAUACUGCUACAUGUUUCAUAGUACCUUGCUUUGAAGUACUCCCUCCUUUGUAAACUAUUGAAUAUUUCUAGAACACAGCUUUAACAACUUACAUAUGCCUCUAAAGGUUUUAGGUGGAAUGUGGACAUGUUUCUAUCUCUGGUAAUCAAGUAUGUUUCUGUUUUAUCUUUCCAUUCUCUUUCGGAUAAAUGUGGAUCACUUGCAUGGGAAUGCAGGUGCAGCUGUCUGAAUGCAAGUAUUUCAACACAAAUUCUAACAUUAUUAUGAAAUGUAACUAAAACUAAGUGGUUGUACUUACUAUCUCUAUACUAUACAUAGAAUACUCUGUCAAUUAAUUUCUCUAUACUACAAGAUUGUGACCAUAAUAUUUUCAACAAUUUGAUGGCACUUCUCACUUAAAACAUUGUUUCAGCUACAGUGGAACUUCAAUUCAAGAUUUUCCUCAUUUAAUGUUCAAUUCCAAUGAUCCCAUAUCAAUAACCUCAGUUACUUUUCCACCACUUAAGAUUUACUCAGUUUAGUAUUGAAAUCUACACUCCUCAAGGGAACCUGAAAUGGGGGUUUCACUAUAUUUAGAUUCUUUGGUAUACAGUUAAACAUAAUGUUUUGAUCAUAUAAGUUUCAUAUCGAUGUAAACCAACAUAAAAGCAAAGAACACUGCUGUUGUAACACAACUGCCUUCAGAGAUGUAUUUAAGAUUGAAUUGCUAACACAUAAUUGAAACAUUCCUUCCUUAAUGUCAGCAAACUUUCAUUCAAGGAUAUCAUUGCCAACAACUUUCAGUUUCUCUUGUACAGAUUUUGUUUGCAGUAAAUAUGAACAGUGCCAGUAUAUCUGUGUAGAAGUUCUGACAAGCAUAUAUGUAUUUAGAUGUUUAUUAUUACAAGGGUUUAUAAAUUUGUGUGUAUGUAUAAACAACAUUAUUCUUACAAAUGUAAAUAGAGAGCUCAUAUAUUUAGAAUGGUAUAAUACAAAUUAAUAAACCAGAAAGAACUGAAUGACAGCUGUUCGAAAGAAGAGUAUCUUAUGCUUGUUUUCUCUUAUUUGACAUAAGAGAAACUGUUAAUGAGCUACAAAUCAUAUUCAACCUCUGGCUUCUGAAGAAAUGUUUCUUGAAUAACUCAUACUGCUAUCAUGAAUACUAACAAAAUUUCCAACAUGAAAGGUCCAAUAUAGGGAUGAAAAUUACAUCUUGUGCUUUCUGCUUAUGCUGACCCAUAUAUGCUCUUAAUGCCUCAUAUUUAUCCCACUGGCAUUGUGUCUUGACUUCACUCAAAAUAGCUGCAGUCUUGACAC